GCCUACACAUAGAUGUGUAGGAGCUUUCAGGUAGUGGGUCACGUGUUUCUCAUCCGCUAGUUUGCGGCUAAAUUUCUUUUGCAUGUAGCGGCAUGAAUUCUAAGUUCCAUGCUUAUGGUCACGAAUGUUCUUCUUGAUUCUGAGCCUCAAUCUUACGUGGCUCAGCCGAGAGGUGGUCAGCACCUAUAGCCGUCAGCCUUGCAGAGUUGGCAUCAGCUCAACUACAUGCUCACCUGCCAAUCAAAUAAAAACUCAACCCGCCACCGUUCGCAAACGGGCUGUACGAUCUUCAUAUACUGCAAUUUGGGCGCCGCUGAGAGCGACUCGCCAAGGGUUACAUGGUGUCUCGUGCAUAGAAGUGACGUGUAUCUCAGAAGGCACAUGGCCACUAAUUGGUGAAGAUGAAACAGCACAGCCUUGAUCUGAUUGGUCGGCUAGCAGGCCAAUUUCAC